CGCCGGGGACGUAUGACGCGUCACGCCCGCCCCACCCCCUUCAACGUUUCUUGGUCAUUGUUUAGCCUGUACUAGCUAAUGUGUUAUUCAAGAUUUCAGAGGUUUUCACUUUUCACGUAUGCAUGUUAAGUCGUUCAAGUUUAUAAAGCAUAUUUAAGAGUUCACGAAAGAAACAAUGAGCAAAAGGAAAGCGCCACAGGAGUCCCCAAAUGAGGGAAUAACGGACUUUCUUGUCGAGCUGGCCAAUUAUGAGAAAAACGUCAACAGGGCGAUACACAAGUACAACGCUUACAGGAAAGCAGCAUCUACCAUCUCCAAGUACCCAAACAAAAUCAAAAAUGGUGAAGAGGCCAAGAAACUGGAUGGUGUUGGAGCUAAAAUAGCAGAAAAGAUUGAUGAGUUCCUACAAACUGGCACGCUUCGGAAACUGGAAAAGAUCCGUAACGACGACACCAGCUCUUCUAUCAAUUUCCUCACCAGAGUCACUGGAAUCGGCCCUGCUGCAGCCAGGAAGUUUUUUGAAGAAGGAGUAAAGACAUUAGAAGAUUUGAAAAAGAUUGAGAGCAAGCUGAAUCAUCAUCAACAGAUCGGACUCAAGUACUUUGAGGAAUUUGAGAAAAGGAUUCCGCGUGCUGAAAUGGAACAGAUGGAGACUCUCAUCCAUGGAGAGUUGAAGAAGGUCGGUACAGAAUAUAUUGGGACAAUCUGUGGGAGCUACAGGAGAGGUGCAGCAUCUAGUGGUGAUAUAGAUAUUUUGCUGACCCACCCGGACUACUCCUCAGAGAGUGAGAAGCAGGCGAAGCUUCUCCAUGCCGUGGUCGAGCAUUUCGAGUCCAUUGGGUUUGUGACCGACACCCUGUCCAAAGGAGACACUAAGUUCAUGGGAGUCUGCCAGCUGCAGCGGAGUGAUGAAGAAGAGGAGGAAUACCUUCACAGGCGUAUUGAUAUUAGGUUAAUCCCCAAUGAUCAGUACUAUUGUGGAGUUCUCUACUUCACUGGAAGUGACAUCUUCAAUAAAAACAUGAGAACUCAUGCGCUAGAGAAGGGCUUCACUCUCAAUGAGUACACCAUACGGCCGCUCGGGGUCACUGGUGUGGCCGGGGAGCCUCUGAUUGUGGCUAGUGAGAGGGACAUCUUUGAAUACAUCAACUACAAAUACAGAGAGCCAAAAGAGCGCAGCCAGUGAAGGUUUUUCAUGGAAGCUGCCAUCUUCUUUCGAAUGAGAUCAGAAGCGUGCGUGCGUUAGUAUACUAUUCAACUCAAUGUUAUUGAAAAUAAAACAACAAUGUCAUUUAAAUGUAUGUACUGUAUUUUUUUAUUUAGUGGAAAUCUCCCCCCUUUUAAUGACAUUUGUACCUAAAUGCAGACACCGCUGUAUCUAUAGAGAUCAAUUCUCCUUGGUUGCGGAUAAAUUUCAUUUUUUAAUUGACCACUAAGGGUUGUACUAUAAUCCCAAUGAUGGUAAUAAUCCCAAAAGAGGAGUAGUCUUAAAGUGGACUGUUUUAUAUUGCAGUUGUCAUCCUACUGUCUGCUUUGAGCGUAGCUCCCGCUAACUUUGGCUGAGCUGAGCUGUUUUAAUGGCUCCUUGUUUCUCUUCGAGUCAACACAACUGUCUUGUUACUUUAGUCCAAAAAAGUGUGUGUGUUUUAACUCUUCUUUUUCUCUUUCUCUUCUAAUUUAAACUAAAAUUUAAAGAAACCCGAUAAUUGGAACCGUAUUUGUGGGUAUGGGAACUAAUUUGGGACAUCAACGUUAUUGUUUUGUUUUUUCAGUUACUGUUUGAUAUGUGAAUGUGGCUGUUACAUUGGUAGAUGUCAUGUAUUUUUGUGGAAAUGAUAAUGUGUGUCUAGAAGGUCAGGUCAUUUUUUUGUACUUUUAGAAAGCGAUAUACAAGUUGACCAGGUCACUGAAGUACUGCUGCAGUGUACUGCUCAUAUACAGCUUAACCUGUAACACAACUUGAAUAUUAGGAGAUUGAUUCAGUUUAGUAUGUGGAUGGAAAAUAUUGCUGGAAAUAUUUAAGAAAAAAUAAAUAAAUUGAUAAUUCAAUGUCAA